CAGAGCGGUGGUGUCGCCGUGGCGAAGUGGUAGCUUUGAAGCUAACGACAGGACGGUUGUUUAUCGGGCUUCAGCUGGGAUGAGGAAGGGGGUGGACGGAGGCCAUACUGACAGAGAGAACAGUGGGUGAAAAGGAAACCAGACUCGCCAGUUCCGCGUCAAACACGGUCACGGACACGUAAACACUGUCAAGGUUUCGUGUAUUGUGUGCUGCAGUUUAUCGAGCUAUUGCAGGAAGUGUUUACGUGCAGCUAACGCCUCAUGUAGCUUGCUACAUAAAUUCUAACAACAGUCCAGUGUCUCGUAAAUAAAAAUUGACACAAAGCUGUGAAUAGUAACGUUCAGGUGAUUUUUCGUCUUUUUGUUGUUCAGAUGCGGGGUUACACGUGUGACCCUGGGUCAGGAAAGUCAUAAAAUGCUCUUAUGUAAGACGCUCGGCUUGAGCUCCACGUUUAAAAGACCAUUCACCUCUUACAAAGCAUCUGAAGCAUCUUUAAUAUGUUUAGUAAAGCGGUGCAAGUAUAUUUGUGGUAAGACAGGCCUCAGUGGGUCAGUGAGACGCUCCUCGCUGACUUUUUGCAGACAGCCCAAGCUCUCGGGGAGGUACACGCCCCCCAACACCAAACACACCUUCUGCUGCUUGAAAAAAACGCUCGACACACAACCAGAAAUUUCCAUGUGAGAGAAGACCUGAAGCAUACACAGAACCCCACCGGACCACAACAGACAAGACCGAGGCUCGUCGCUCGCCCCUUCCCUCUCCCUCUCCCCCCCACAGCCUUAGAGGCUGCAUCUCUGUGUGAUCGCCUCCCUCAGCAGUAAUUUGUUGUGCUGAGCCGACGACCUCACGCCACUGGGACUGGACAGGAGACCCAGAGGUUCCCCCGCUGGAGCUCUAAGCUGUGCCUGGCAAUGCCUCAGCCCAGUGUCAGUGGGAUGGAGCCUCCCUUUGGGGACGCCUUUCAGAUCUACUCAUUUGCUGACCAGGCCCUGACCAGCACUGAGCUGCUCGCCACCAGCUCUGACCCAGAUUUUAUGUAUGAGCUGCAGGACAGAGACAUAACCCACCGGCAGAGCCCUUGUGGGGACAGUAUGGUGGGAGCUGGAGACGUAGGAAAGGAGGUGGAGGGCUGCAUGGAUCAACUCAUGGGUCUGGGCGAGUGUGAGACUGUUUACAGCAGCUCAGCAUUCGAACAGUGGGACUCCUACUGGGAAGACCUCACCAGAUACACACGGCUGGCCAGCUGUGACAUCUGGGGAACCAAAGAGGUGGACUUCCUUGGACUGGAUGAUUUCUCUAGUCCCUACCAGGAUGAAGAAGUAAUUGGACGAACUCCAACACUGGCGCAGCUCAACAGUGAAGACUCUCAGCCUGUGUGUGAGGCGCUGUACCCUUCUGCUGACCUCACCCUGGCUGCUCCACAGCCACAAGCUCAGCCUUCCCAGCCGCCCUGUCAAGGCAAGAGACCCCUGGUCCCUGGCCAAGGAUUAGGCCCUGGCUCCGCACGACACUCUUCGAGCUCCACGUCCUCUUCCCGACCUUCACGGAGCCUUCUCCCAGACUUCCCUGAGGGCUCUCAAAAAGCCACCAGACCUGUCCCCUCCAGCACUGAGACUAUGAGCAAGACCCAGAACCACCACAGUCUCAUGCAGGACCACGGCCAAGCUCAGAUCAAGGCCCAGGGGCGAGGAACUAAGAUGGUGGCACCGCCUUCCUAUGGCUCUGACUUUGUGCGGAAGGCAAAAGUCCGCGUGAGUGCUGUGGUUAAAACUCAGAUUGAAAUACCCCCACAUAAGGAUUUUGAGAGAGCACAUCCCCCUCUACCUCUCUCCCAGUCCCAAGAUGAGAAGGCGACUACUUCGGCUAAUGCCAACUUGGUCGGGCUUCCUGGUGCUGCAGCAGCUGGCUCUGGCAGCCUGACGAGCUUCGAGAGAAAAGCAGAGGUGACAGGAAAGAGAGAAAUGCCUGUAGGCUGGUCUGCUCAUGUGCCUCAGGUAGUUGAGGCAAGUCAGGCCUCGGAGGGUAAUACCAUCGGUAACAUUCUAGCAGGGGCUAGCCAAAACGGCAGCCUGUUGAUCGUUGACGGCACAGAGAAGAGCAAGGAGGAGGAGCACAAUUAUUCUCUGUUCCUGACCCGCAGCAGACAGGCUGGCAGGCACUCCCAGCUGGAGGACGAUGAGGAAGAGGAGGAUGACGAAGAGGCAGACGAGGAGGAAGGCGACGGAUUGGAGCUAGAAGAUGAAGACCACGACGAGGGCUUCGGCAGCGAGCAUGAGCUUUCUGAGAAUGACGAAGAGGAGGAAGAGGAGGAGGAGGAGGAGGAAGAGGACGAAGACUAUGAGGCAGAUAAAGACGACGACAUGAGCGACGCCUUCUCAGAGCCAGGCUGUGACAUGGAGCUGAUGGAGGACAUUAAAGGCCUCACAGCAGGCGUCUCCAGCCGAAAGCGAGGCAAGCGCCGCUACUUCUGGGAAUACAGCGAGCAGCUCACUCCCUCGAAACAGGAACGAAUGCUCAAGCCGUCUGAGUGGGACAGACACACGCUACCUAGCAACCUGUACCAGAAAAACCGGCCCCUUCAUGGAAAGUACAUGCUGAAGAAGUCGCGCCGCACAGAUGUGGAAGACCUGACUCCCAAUCCACGCAAGCUGCUGCAGAUCGGCACGGAGCUCCGCAAGCUCAACAAGGUGAUCAGUGACCUGACACCGGUCAGCGAGCUGCCGCUGACUGCACGGCCACGAUCCCGCAAGGAGAAGAACAAGCUAGCGUCCAGAGCUUGUCGUUUAAAAAAGAAGGCCCAGUACGAAGCCAACAAGGUGAAGCUCUGGGGACUCAGCACAGAGUAUGAUCGACUGCUGUCUGUCAUCAAUGCCAUCAAGGAGGAGAUCGUGGCACGAGUUGAAGGCUCUUCCCCGCGUCCGACCAACAUGACUGACACUCUGGAUCGGCUCAUUCAGGAGACGCUCGUGUCGCCACCAGUUGCUGGGCAGACUUCGGACUUCGUCAACAAAAUCUUAGAGAACACAGGACGUGGCGAUCCCACCGGGGGACUGGUCGGCCUGCGAGUCCCCACCUCCAAAAUCUAGUUCACUGAAGGCAGUGAACUAAACAUUUCCACCGUGCUGUCCCAUUGUAACUAUGCUUCCGUUUGCAUGCCCCUCCCACCCAGAGUACAUACACAUUGUUGGUCACACAAACACACAUACCACUUCCUGUGUGUAUGUAUGUGUGCUUGUUCUAGCCGUGCGCCUGUAUGGCAUACACCCUAGCUUCAUCUCUGCACCAUGUGUGCAGACACAGUGCAUCACUGUCUCCCAACCCAUUGUGAGCACCUGUUGGGAAAUACACCUUUAAAAGCGAGUGAUGGUUAGGUGUAAAGCUAAUAGCACGUCCGAUUAGAUGUGUUUAACAUAGCAUUGUGUAGGGUCGGUCAGUAGGGGUCUGCUUUCAGGGCUAAGGCAGUUGUUGGAGCGCAACCACUGGAAUACUAGACGAAAUUAGUAUGAAGUCACAAUGACAGGAAGAACUGUUUGUUAUGACACCAACGAGGAAGAAAAAGGUUACGUCACAUGGAAAAUAACAGGAUGCUAAAUUUACCAAAUUUGAGAAGGUGUUCAAGAGGCAUCAGGAAGUUUUUCCUAUUGAAGGCCUAAAUAUGUUCAUGCCAUCGCCUCUUUCCGUUCUGGCGUUGUACAAUGUAGACGCUGCCAAAUGAAAGUGGGAGCACAAAAGAUGAAACCUUUAAAAGUACGAGACACACAUCCUGCUGGGUUGAUGCUCGCAGCUGGCAGAGCGGGACCUACACAACAGGAGUUAGCGGACUGUGUGGAGAGGAUGUGUGGAGUUUGGUGCUUUUUGGCCUUCUGCUGGUUAUAACUGGACUGGAGGAAACGGGCCAGUAUGGGAGCAGACUGUGACAAAGAUGAUGGCUGUGGUGAAGACGACAUAAACAGUGAUCCAUCUCCUGUAAGAAGCUGUCUCCAAGUAAAAAUGGCUCUCCAUUUUUGUACAGUAGAGAUGACCAGGCUAACAGUUUGGUGUGUUCAUACUAGUGUUUGAUCAGAGUUUAAUUCAUUGUGCCUUGUUUGUAUGUGUGUGUUUCCGUAAGUCUGAGUGAGUGCGUGUGUGAGGGACUGAACACGAGGAGGACAUUGGUCAGGACCCUACCCACCCUCCCCCUCCAUGGUCCAGCCAAAGAGAGGACUACAUUACACUGAGGGAGGUUGUUAGUGAAUGUGAGGAGGGAGACACCUGUGGGCUUGGUUGUGUAUUUCAGUUGUUUAAAGAUAUUUUGAAUGUACAUAAAGCAAAUGGAAGCUCAUGUCGCGUGAUGCCACAGAGUCUGUGUACAUAGGAGGGCUCUGCAAUAGAUUACUUAUGGUUUUUGGUACUCUGUCGUUAGGGAUCAGGGGAGGGUUAAGUGAUAUUUUUGUUUAGAGUUACAAAAAAUAUUUGCACACUAUAUUUUGAUUGUUUUUUGUACCAAAGACACAUGCAACGAAAUGGCGACUAGCCAGUUAAAGUAAGGUUUUGCACAGCUUACCUGACGCCGUAUUGAAUGUAAGAAAUGUGGGAGGGUCAGGGAACUUCAUAGAAAUGUGAAAUUUAGCUUGGGUCCAAUUCUGUACAGAAAAGGAACAUUCAUUUUUUUUUAACCUAAAAAUGUAUCCCACCUCUGGACGCAUCCAGAACAUUUGUUGCUUAGGAAGCACUUCAUUCCUGAACUGAUUUCCUCCCUUCACAUGCUAAUUGUGUUAAAGGCGCUUUCUAGGGCAAAAACCAAGAGCGCUAGUAGAUAAGCUAUGUUACAUUAUUGCUUGUUUGUCAAAAUGUUACCACCAAUAACCAAAAUGUUAUGUUCCUGGUUCACUUGUUUGCUUUCUAUAUGUAGACGGGGUCUAGCUCCUCAGCAAAAUAUUAACUGAAUUGUGUUUCGAAGUACUGUAUAUAGAAACAUUAA